CUCAAGCAAAUUUGGCUCAGUCGAAAAAGUUGCGACGCUGUCCUCGCGAUCCAAUUUGCCAUCCCCAUAGGCGCGCGGGUACCGAUGGCCAAACCAAUCGUCAUGGAGUUGGCAGCCGUCCUUUGCGCGGCCUUGGUCAGUUGCGUGAUAGGCGGAAACGGCGACUGCGACUGCAUGACGGAGUGGAACUACGAUGGCGAUGCCGACGGGGUUAUGGAGUUGUACGAGGGCUGCAGCGCCACGGCCGACUGGAACCAGAGCUGGUGCUACGUGCAGGGCGGUUCCGAGUGCAACCAGGCCCUGAACUCCACCGUGGCCGGCGAGACGCGGAAGUGGCGCGAGUGCGGGUCCUGCAACUGCAUGGCGGAGUGGAACUACGAUGGCGAUGCCGACGGGGUUGUGGAGUCGUACGAGGGCUGCAGCGCCACGGCGGACUGGGACCAGAGAUGGUGCUACGUGCAGGGCGGUUCCAACUGCAACCAGGCCCUGAACUCCACCGUGGUCGGCGAGACGCGGAAGUGGCGCGAGUGCGGCUCCUGCAACUGCAUGACGGAGUGGAACUACGAUGGCGAUGCCGACGGGGUUAUGGAGUCGUACGAGGGCUGCAGCGCCACGGCGGACUGGGACCAGAGCUGGUGCUACGUGCAGGGCGGUUCCAAUGCAACCAGGCCCUGGACUCCACCGUGGCUGGCGAGACGCGCAAGUGGCGCGAGUGCGGCUCCUGCAACUGCAUGACGGAGUGGAACUACGAUGGCGAUGCCGACGGGGUUAUGGAGUCGUACGAGGGCUGCAGCGCCACGGCCGACUGGGACCAGAGUUGGUGCUACGUGCAGGGCGGCUCCAACUGCAACCAGGCCCUGAACUCCACCGUGGCCGGCGAGACGCGGAAGUGGCGCGAGUGCGGCUCCUGCAACUGCAUGACGGAGUGGAACUACGAUGGCGAUGCCGACGGGGUUAUGGAGUCGUACGAGGGCUGCAGCGCCACGGCGGACUGGGACCAGAGCUGGUGCUACGUGCAGGGCGGUCCAACUGCAACCAGGCCCUGAACUCCACCGUGGCCGGCGAGACGCGCAAGUGGCGCGAGUGCGGCUCCUGCAACUGCAUGACGGAUGGCGCGAGUGCGGCUCCUGCAACUGCAUGACGGAGUGGAACUACGAUGGCGAUGCCGACGGGGUUAUGGAGUCGUACGAGGGCUGCAGCGCCACGGCCGACUGGGACCAGAGCUGGUGCUACGUGCAGGGCGGCUCCAAUUGCAACCAGGCCCUGAACUCCACCGUGGCCGGCGAGACGCGGAAGUGGCGCGAGUGCGGCUCCUGCAAUUGCAUGACGGAGUGGAACUACGAUGGCGAUGCCGACGGGGUUAUGGAGUCGUACGAGGGCUGCAGCGCCACGGCCGACUGGGACCAGAGCUGGUGCUACGUGCAGGGCGGCUCCAACUGCAACCAGGCAGUGGACUCCACCGUGGCCGGCGAGACGCGCAAGUGGCGCGAGUGCGGGUCCUGCAACUGCAUGACGGAGUGGAACUACGAUGGCGACGCCGACGGGGUUAUGGAGUCGUACGAGGGCUGCAGCGCCACGGCCGACUGGGACCAGAGCUGGUGCUACGUGCAGGGCGGUUCCAACUGCAACCAGGCCCUGAACUCCACCGUGGCCGGCGAGACGCGCAAGUGGCGCGAGUGCGGCUCCUGCAACUGCAUGACGGAGUGGAACUACGAUGGCGAUGCCGACGGGGUUAUGGAGUCGUACGAGGGCUGCAGCGCCACGGCGGAUUGGGACCAGAGCUGGUGCUACGUGCAGGGCGGCUCCAACUGCAACCAGGCCCUGAACUCCACCGUGGCCGGCGAGACGCGCAAGUGGCGCGAGUGCGGCUCCUGCAAUUGCAUGACGGAGUGGAACUACGAUGGUGAUGCCGACGGGGUUAUGGAGUCGUACGAGGGCUGCAGCGCCACGGCGGACUGGAAUCAGAGUUGGUGCUACGUACAGGGCGGUUCCAAUUGCAACCAGGCCCUGGACUCCACCGUUUCCGGCGAGACGCGCAAGUGGCUUGAGUGCACCCCGUCGACCCCCUCACCGACGCCGGCACCAGACAUCGAGAGUGCCUCAGGCGUCGGAGAGCCGACCAUGACCGCAGCCAUCAUCGCGGUUAUUCUUUCGACCGCCUGUGCGUGAGGCUGGGGCGCAGAGAUACUUCAAUUCUGGGGCAGAGAUUCGGAAGGGUCAUGAACCCUGCGUACGGGGCGGCCAUCUAGUACUUGACCAUGGGAUUACAGUUUGAGCUGGACAGAGUUCUGUUCUGACUGGAGAGUCCGCUCCUGCUGCCCAGUGUCUUCUGCGUUCCAACGGCCGCUUCCCAUGUUGCCUCCCAAUUUUGCUUGAGAUCUUUGGGG